AUGCGUUUCUUGCUGAUGCUCAGCGCCAUGGGCGCUGCAGCUGUCAAGCUCCCAGCCAACAAUGGCAACCUGCACCGCAGGGCUGUCCAGCCUGAAGGCAGCUCAAGUGUCGUGGUAAAUGACGCUCCCAUGCCGACUUCUAGUCCGGACGAUGAGCCCUCAUCCACCCCGAACGACUAUGACACGGUCGAGACCUACACGGGUAUCCCGCCUCCUGGCCCGCCAACCACAAGCAGUUCUAUCUAUGUUCCGCCAACCUAUGUUCCGCCAACCUAUGAGCCUCCGACCUAUGAGCCUCCGACUACCACGUCUACCUAUGUUCCCCCGACUACAACCUCAACCUAUGUACCGCCGACAACUAGCUCUACCUACGCGCCGCCGACCACUAGUUCGACUUAUGGCUACUGCCCUCCUAAGCCCACGAAGACGGUGACGGUGACCGACAGGGUUACCGACAAGGUUACUGAGACUGUUACCGACAAGAUUACUGAGACGGUAACCGACAAGAUUGUUGAGACUGUUACCGACAAGGUUAUCGAGACAGUGACCGAGGGCCACACCGUAACUAUCACCGACGGCGAGAUCGUUACCGUGACUCAGGGUCAGACUGUGACUAUUACCGACGGCACCACCAUUACCCAGGACCGAACUAUCACAGAAGGCCAAACCGUCACUGUCACUGACGAUGGCGAGAUUGUUACCGUUACUGAGGGCACUACUGUGACCAUCACCGAUGGUAUUACUAUCACUCAGGAUAGGACGAUCACAGAAGGCCAAACCAUCACUGUCACUGACGACGGCGAGAUCAUUACCGUUACUGAGGGCCAUACUGUGACUAUUACCGACGGCACCACCGUUACCCAGGACCGAACUAUCACGGAAGGCCAAACCGUCACUGUCACUGAUGAUGGCGAGAUCGUUACCGUUACUGAGGGCACUACUGUCACUCAGGAUAGGACUAUUACAGAAGGCCACACUGGCCAAACCGUAACGAUUACCGACGAUGGCGAAGUCAUCACCGUGACGGAGGGCCACACUGUGACCAUCACUGACGGCACUACUAUCACUCAGGAUAGGACCGUCACAGAAGGCCACACGGUAACGAUUACCGACGACGGCGAGGUCACCACCGUUACUGAGGGUUAUACCGUCACUCUCACCGAGACUGGCACGACAGAAACUGUUGUCGGAAGGACUGUGACUCAAGCCGGAGAGACAAUCGUCGUGACCGACGAGGAAACCAUCACUGUGACUGAACCAGCCAGAACCGUCACGCUCGAUGGCGAGGUCACAACCAUCACAGAAGAGGCUCAGACAGUAACCCGAGAUGGCCAGGUCACAACGCUCCCCGGAGAAACUGUGGUUGUCACUCAGCCUGGACAGUUGUUACGCAGCAGGUUCCCGGACCCCGGGAAACGGUUGUUACCACUGUCACCCGAGAGGCCCAGACGAACCGUCGUCUCGGUUGUCACCGAGCAACUGCCUGCGGAGACCGUCACCCUUACCAGGGAUGGCGAGACAAUUGUGUCUGUGGUCCCUGGCCCAACGCAAGUUUACACUACCACCGUGGUUGUUGCGCAAACCGUGGUCCCUCCUCCUACCACGGUCACUGUCUCGUCCGUCCUCAGCAUCUGCCCCAAGCCUACAGGUCUGUCCGCGCCCCUGGCCAUCGAUUCCGACCGCACCUUUGGCUGCGCGCCUGGCUACGUCUGCAACCCUCCCAAGCCCAAGUCAUGCGACCUCUGGUCUGAGCCACCUGAGGACGACUACCUGUGUAAGCCCCAGUACUGUAUCCCUGCUCCCAAGUUCAAGAAGAUCAGAUGGCGCAAGAACGAGACUUCGUACUAUGCCCCGUCUGCGGGAUACUUCAACCUGAACCCCGAGGCCUUCGGUCUUUCAUUCGACAUCUUCAAGAAGGUUGAAGAGGAGAAGAUUAUCAACGGUACACUCACAACCAUUACCACCGGUAACUGGGCUUCCCAGACGUCUUUGAGCGACUGGCCCAAGCCUACCACCACGACUACCACAAUCUCCGUCGCUGAAGCCUACGACUACAUCCCCAGCGCUCACCAGCGCCGUGGAAUGCACAUGUUCAGCAAGCGAGAUGGAGUCGCCCCUGCCGUCUGUUUCGAUGACUGUGAUGGUGCUUACAAGAUCGCUCUCUCUGUCGGAAAGUCUGACAAGCUCUGCGCCAAGGGUUCUUCUUUCAUGGGCAGCUACGCGGCCUGCACAGACUGUAUCACUGAAAACGCGGACGAUGCCAAGACCGGCCUCCAGUCCUAUGUCGAGCCCAAGUUUGGACAAUUCAUCAACUAUUGUGAGGGUGAGGACACCAAGCCUGCCACAACUGACUCCGGCCCCGAGUCUCAGGUCACUGGCGAGCCUGAUGUCGAGACAACCGGACAAGUCGAGGCCAGCUCGGGCGGAUUCGAUGUCCUGACCACGACCGAAGAAGAUCUUGAGCCAACCACUGAGAUUGCUUCUGAAGAGGCACAGGCGACCACGGAGCAGUCUGAGCCCAGCGCGACUCAACAAGAGGAAGAUGCCGCGACCACCGAUGAUUCGGACUCAGUCACUGCAGCAUCCGGACCUACCUCGACUCAGCAAGAGGAAGACGAACCCACAGAGGACUCGCAGGCCAGUGUUACGGCAGCGUCCGAGGAUGAGUCUUCGGUUGCUGCUGAAGCUACUGCGACGGAUGAUGACGAAGCAACUGAGGAGACCUCGGCGACUGACGGAGCUGAAGAGACAGCAACCGGUGGGUCUAGUAACUCGGAGGCCCGCGAGUCUGAUGCCCGUGAGUCUGAGUCUGAGUCUCCAGAGACCACCGCUACUGUGACAACGGCUGCUCGGCCAAGCGGUUCUGUCGAGGCUCUCGGCACAGAGGCUACUGAGACUGGGGCCGUUGAGACCGACGCUUCUGCUCUUGGAGGCGAGGCUACUGAGACUGAGGCUACUGCCACAGGCGCUUCAGCUGGCAGUGAGGCAACUGCUACAGGCGCCUCAGCCGAGGGUAGCAAGACUACCGAGACCGAGGCCGCCGGAACUGACGCUUCUGCCCUUGGAGGCAAAGCCACCGAGACAGAGGGCACCGAGACAACCGUCGAGACGGGCGCCUCAGCUCCUGGAGGCAAGGCUACCGAGACCUCAGAGCGCCAGUCACACCUUGAGACGCGCACUUCGGCUCUUACCGGAGCGACAACGACACCUGCCACCGUUGAAGGAGCUGCCUCUCGCAUCUCUGCCAGCUUGGCAUCUGUCGUCGCCCUUCUCUCGAUGGCGGCGGUCCUAUUCAUUUAAUUUUCGACGACACCCCCUUUUUUCAACUAUUCAUGACACUCCUUAAAACUAAUGUCUAUUGGAUGACGACAUGUUUACAUUUACGAUUCACGGACACUCAUUUUUGCAUAUACAACGACCUGGGCGCAUUUAGCAUUUUUGGCCAUUUGGCAUGACCACGACACUCAUUUCAGGCGCAUUGUUGAUACACAUAGAGGGAACCUUUUGAAUGAUACCCUGACACUCCUUUACAUGUGGGAGAGCAGAAGAUGGAAAGUUGAGAAGUUUGAAAAGACUGGGAGGGAAGCUUGCUUUGGUUGCGAUUGGAUGGUCAGAGGGGACCGGGAUAUAAUCAGACAUUGAGAUGGAUGUCAUGGCAUGGAUGGGCGAGACUGUUGCGUUAUAUAAAGCUAAAAUGGUAUUUUGUGCUGCCGCCGCUUUGGUGAGCUGAUUUUGC